GUUUAAUAGGCAUCUAAAGACAAAACUUUUUUUUUUUUAAUUUUGCAUAGAGUAAGCCUAGGUUCACAUUGAUGCAGUGCAAUUGUGGUCUGCUUUUCAGUGUGUUUUCAAGGGGCAGUUGCAUUCUGAUGCAAUUUGGACAUGAUUUGGAUCAGGGGCGGACUGACCAUUUGGAAACUCGGGCACUGCCCGAGGGCCCGGGGUCAGUAGAGGGCCCCAUGAGAUGCCCCUGGUACCUUUUUCAUAGGCUUUUUUGAGUUUGGGCAAGGACACAGAGGCCCCAUGAUCCCCUAUUGCCCAGGGGCCCCAUGA